CCGGAGACUUCUCUGCUUCCCCCUUCCUACCCUCUCCACGGCGGUCUCUCGGGCUGUCCGGGGAGGGGGCGGCCGAGAGAGAAAGCGACUGACUUCCAUAAAGUUUCCCGAAGCAUCUGCUACCCGAAAGGCCCCAGCCGAGCCUCAAUGAAGAGCUUCUCCCAGUGAAAAGGAAAUAGGUCGCACCCAUUAAAAAUGCCUUUGAGGGACAAAUACUGUCAGACUGACCACCACCAUCACGGAUGCUGCGAACCAGUUUAUACCCUGGAGCCUGGAGAUCCUCCUCUGUUACAGCAACCACUACAGACAUCCAAAUCUGGUAUUCAGCAAAUAAUUGAGUGCUUUCGAUCAGGAACCAAACAACUUAAACAUAUUUUAUUAAAAGAUGUGGACACUAUUUUUGAAUGUAAAUUAUGCCGUAGUCUAUUUAGAGGAUUACCAAAUUUAAUUACCCAUAAGAAAUUUUACUGCCCACCAAGUCUCCAAAUGGACGACAACCUUCCUGAUGUAAAUGAUAAGCAAAGCCAAGCCAUAAGUGAUCUCCUAGAAGCCAUAUACCCAAGAGUAGACAAGAGAGAGUAUAUUAUUAAGCUAGAGCCCAUAGAAACCAAUCAGAACGCAGUGUUUCAGUAUAUUUCAAGGACUGAUAACCCUGCUGAGGUCACAGAGUCAAGCAGUACGCCUGAACAAACUGAAGUGCAAAUACAGGAGACAAGCGCAGAACAGCCAAAAGCAGCCCCGGACACAGACACAGAUGUGGAAGUCGUGGGGCCGCCUCCUGUAGAGACUGUGGUAGAUGAAGCCGCACCCCCCACCGAGGAGCAACCUCGGGAACCACCCGUUGAUUUGGAGACGUCUGAUAGCUCUGACCUUGGUCACCAGUUGAUAUGUUGUCUCUGUAGAAAAGAAUUCAAUUCUAGACGAGGUGUCCGUCGUCACAUUCGAAAAGUACACAAGAAAAAGAUGGAAGAACUAAAAAAGUACAUUGAAACACAAAAGACUCCAAACCAGACUUCGAAAGGACGCAGUAAGAGUGUUGUAGUUUCAUUAAGUAGGAGUUGUCCAGUUUGCUGUAAAUCAUUUGCUACAAAAGCGAAUGUAAGGAGGCAUUUUGAUGAAGUUCAUAGAGGACUGAGGAGGGAUUCAAUUACUCCUGAUAAAGCAACAAAGCCCGGGCAGCCUUUGUUCCUGGAUCCCGCUUCUCCUAAAAAAUCCUUUAAGACUCGAAAACAAAAGUCUUCAAAGGCUGAAUACAAUUUAACUGCAUGCAAAUGCCUCCUUUGCAAGAGGAAAUAUAGUUCACAAAUAAUGCUUAAGAGACAUAUGCAAAUUGUCCACAAGAUAACUCUUUCUGGAGCAAACUCUAAACGAGAGAAAGGCCCAAAUAAUACUGCCAGCAGUUCAGAAAUAAAAGUUAAAGUUGAACCCGCAGAUUCUGUAGAAUCUUCACCCCCUUCUACUACCCAUUCUCCACAGAAUGAAUUGAAGGGAACAAAUCAUUCAAAUGAGAAAAAGAGCACACCGGCAACACAGAAAAAUAAAGUUAAACAAGACUCUGAAAGCCCUAAAUCAGCUAGUCCUUCGGCUGCAGGUGGCCAACAAAAAGCCAGGAAACCAAAACUUUCAGCUGGCUUUGACUUUAAGCAACUUUACUGUAAACUCUGUAAACGCCAGUUUACUUCCAAGCAGAACUUGACUAAACACAUUGAGUUGCACACAGAUGGGAAUAACAUUUAUGUUAAAUUCUACAAAUGUCCUCUCUGCACUUAUGAAACUCGUCGGAAACGUGAUGUGAUAAGGCACAUAACUGUGGUUCAUAAAAAGUCAUCUCGCUACCUUGGGAAAAUCACAGCCAGUUUAGAGAUCAGAGCUAUAAAAAAGCCCAUUGAUUUUGUUCUAAACAAAGUGACAAAAAGAGGCCCUUCAAGGGAUGAAGCAAAACAUAACGACUCAAACCCUGAUGGCACUUCCAAUUCUCCUAAUAAAAAGUAUGAAGUAGCUGACGUCGGCAUUGAAGUGAAAGUCACAAAAAACUUCUCUCUUCACAGAUGCAAUAAGUGUGGAAAGGCAUUUGCUAAAAAGACUUACCUAGAACAUCAUAAGAAAACUCACAAGGCAAAUGCUACCAAUUCACCUGAAGGAAACAAAACCAAAGGCCGAAGUACAAGAUCUAAGGCUCUUGUCUGCCUGGCGAAGCCGUCGCCCCGCAGCGCCGCCAUCUUGCGUCCGCCCUCGGGCGCCGUCACCACGCGCCAGGCCGCCUCCAGCUGCCGCGCCAAGCUCCGCGGCGCCGCCAGGGAGCGCCAGCACCCGGCGCGCGCCCUGGGCAAGUCCGCCGCCCCGUGACGCCGCCGCGCGCUCCCGCGGCCGCGCGCCCCGCCGUCCCCCGGCCGUCCCGGGUCGUCUCUGCAGACGCCGCGUCCUGGGCCGCCUGGGCGUCGUCGUCGCCGGCCCGAGCUCCUCCGCCGGCCCCUGCUGCCGCCGCCUGCCCUGCCCCUCGGGACGCCCGGCCACCCCACUCUCUGCUACGUGCCACGCGUUUCUUCAGGUCGCCUGCAAAACUCCGGCUUCUUUGAAAAGCUCUCCGCACACAAUUCCUUUUUCCGUAUCUCUUGUAACGACUCCCUGUUCCCAUGCAGAUGCUUUUCAUUAUCAGUUCUUCGACGCCAACUCCGUUUUCUUCACCUUAAAGCCUCAGCAAGCUCCACUUCCCACUCCCAUCUGCCCGAAGAUUCCUGUUGUCUAAAUUCUUGAGUUGUAUCAUGCACAACCGUAACUGAGCUCGAACUUUAGGCUUUCUCCUCCCUGUGACUAAUUACCCUUUCUUUCUUUGGAAUCAAUGCUUGUUUCCAAGGACCUAGCUCGUCAUCUUUAGAAGCUGCAUCCUCUCUAGAGUAUUGUCCCAUGGUGAUCACAGGAACGCGCCUCUCAAAGCUGCUCCGGGAAGGCUUGUUGGCUGAGUCCCCCAGCCCCCCUUGUUCUUCCAGGGACUCCGUCCCUGGGCUUACUUUACUUCGAGGCCGUGCUUCUCCUGGGCUGUUCCCAGUGACUGGUCACAGCCAAGGUAGCCGUGAUGUUCAUGUGACAUACAUGAUCCCUCAAUGAGCUAUUUUUGGGUGGGAGCCCCUCAACACUUGGCUGAAACGUUCUUAGGACUGCUGGCUUCAGUCUGUGGCCCCUCUUGCUCUUGCCUUUCAUAGGUGAGUCAGACCAGCCUAUGGCACGAAGGUUCUUUUCUCUCCCCUUGUGUCCCCUCACCACAUCUGCUGCACAGUGACUUUUGUCUUGGUGUCUGCUGCUAGGACCUGACACUCCAGACAUUCCAUUCUUUGAUAACCAUUUUCCUAUCUUGAGUUCUUUGUUAAGUGAUCUCAUUUUUCUACUGUUGAGCCGGCUAUGUCUUGGAACUAUUUCCUUGACUAGCCCAGAUUCUGUAGUCCAUUAUAAUCAUGCCUUGAAAAGCAAUGCUCUCAGCACUCUCAAACCUCAGUUUCUCCCAAGUUAUUUUCCUAGCAAAAAGUAAUCCAACCCUGGCUGUAUGUACCUCCUGUCUUGCACUGACCUGACUGGAACAACUGACCAUUUCCAUUAAGAAAAUCACAAAACCCAACCGACCUGUUCUACUUUCAACACAUUAUUGCAAAUCUUAAAUCGGUGUUUUUCCUAUGGUUGUCUCAGACCCCCACAUCUAGACCUACUGUUUCUAUCCUUAGAGUGUCCCUUUGGUUUCUUAUUUCUCUGAGAAACAAGAGUUGUACACAGACCUCCUCAUCUUCCAGCAGGAAGUGCAUGGAAGUGAUGUUCCAUUUUGUGACUGUGAAGAAAGCUUGAAGGCCAGCCCCUUCUCUCGGCUGUGGGUCUUGUUCUCUUACCUUUUGAAUAACUUUAGGUCCUCCUCUUUUUCUCUUCUGCUACCAUCAUUCCCCUCCUCCUAACCAGUUGUUCAACUAUGGCACUGCAUUUCAGCCAGUUUUCUAGUCAGAAACCCAGCGGUCACCUCUGUUUCUCUUAUGACUAGUUCCUUACAAAGCAGACCAUCUAAUCAAUCAGUUUGAUUACUCAAAUAUGCUUUUUUUUUUUUUUUUUUUUUUUACUUUUGGAGAAAGGGUCUCUAUAUAGUUCUGGUUGCCUGGGAACUCACUGUGUAGAUCAGGUUAGCUUUGAAUUUGUAGUGAUCUCCCUGCUUCUGUCUCCUGAGGUCUGGAAUUAGAGGUGUGCGCAAACACGCCCGACUCGAAUCUGUCUUUAAUCCGCCUCCUUCCAGAUUCAAUGCUAGUCUCUCAGUCACCGCUCUUGGCCUACGUUAGUACAGUAUUGAUAACCUGGUGGGAGCUGCCUUUCUCAUCCAUUAAAUCAAGUAAGUUAUUGGCUAUAGAAUAAAAAUGAAGCUCCUUUCCAUGGCUCGAAAAGUCUUGCACCAUCCGACCCAUUUUAUUUCUCCAACAUCUCCUGUUCUCUUCUCUUACUGUUUACUAUUUUUGUGGCCAUGCUAGUUCCACCAGCAGGCCAAGCAAGAUCUUUCCCAUACCUCAGGGCUGGGCUCAGUAAAGGCUCCUGUUUCUAAGAGGCCCUUCAGGGCCGCCCUCUCCUCCAUCGCAGAGCGCCCUCUAGAGGGCUGCAAAGGUUGGAGAGAGGCCUGCAUGGAGCAUCCCACUGCAAGUAGUCAUGGCCUCCCAGUCAUUUCCUGUCCCCAUUCUGUGUCUGUGAUCUUAUUUAUUUGUUUAUCCUGUUUCAUUUCCUUCUCCCCACACCAGAAUGUAUGAAGGAAGAGACUGUGUGUGGAUGUCUGGAUUAUUCAACACUGCAUUCUCUGCCCAUAGCAAUUUGGUGCAUAUUAGAUGCACAACAAAUGUCUGUUGAAGGGAUAAAUGGAUAUAUAUGCUAAUUUUUCUGUUGUGGAUUCGCUUUCUAUUGACUUAGUAAGAGGUAUUUAUAUAUUAAAACCACUCAUCAUUUGUUUAUUCUGUUCGUUGCAGACAUUCUGCCCCUUUUCCAGUAUGUGCCAUUUAAAUUCUUGAUGUCGGAUAUAUAGAAGAAGCACUGUGUUUUUCAUAACAAUAAAUUUCUCUUAUGCACUCCGCAUUUGGUGAUAUGUUUAAAAAUAUCUUCUCCGUGUCAGUGUUACAUGUAUAUUUGUUUCCUUUUAUUUUCAUUGUUUAGAUUUAAAUAUUUUUCUCUAAAUGGAAUUUAUUUUUGCUAUAGGUAUGAUUAAGGGCCUAAAUAUUUAUUUAGUUAUCACAUCAUCACUUACUGAAAAUUCUUUUUUACUGUUUUGAAUAGUUCACGUUUAUAAUAUAGUAAGUUCUUAUCCCUAGAGUGGUUUCUGGAGUUGUCACUUGUUUGUGUCCCUGAAGUCUGUUUACUGCUGCCAUGGUUUCAAUUGCUUUACUCUGUGUUUACCAUGAAGUAAUUAAUACUCCUACUUUUAAAAGAUAUUUUUGGGUUUUGGCCAUGUUUUUUUUUUCAUUUAUUCUCCUCAAUUAAGCUUUAGUCAUAUUUUGGUAAAGUCCAGAAGAAAGUCUACUGUCAUUUUGUUUAGGAUUGCUUUAAGAUUGUGGGUUAUUUGAGAAAGAUUGUAAAGUUUACACUCUGAAGUCUCCUGUUGAGGAACUUGUCAUGUGUGCAGGUUGCUGAAGAAUCUCAUAUGUCUUUCAGCACUUUUGUUAAUGUGCUGUAAACUUAUUUGUUAUAUUUCAGCUGUUUUACAUUUUGUUGCUAUUUGACUGUGAUCAUUUCCCCCCUAUUUUUAAGAGCUUCUAUGGAAGCUAUUCCUUGUAGGGUCAAUUGAUUUGUAUUUGAUAACUUUUCAGACCUCUCACUAAUCCGUACUGAUUCUCUUCUACAUAGCUGAUCAUUUUAAGCAUAAUUAAUGACAAUUUUGUGUUUCUUUUGCUAUGCUUAUACCUCAUCGAAUAAGUGAUGGUAAUAGAUUUGCUCUUAUCCUGACUUUUUAAGGAAUGCCAUCAGUAUUUUACCAGAUUUUAAUGUUAACUACUGGACUAAAAUGCAGGCCUUUAGCCAAAGGAAAUGAUCUUCUGGUUCAAAUAUACCAAACUUUUUCUGGACGUUCUUGUUGAACUAUAUUAAACAUUCUCAGCAACUAGAGGUUAUCGUAUGGUUUUAUUUUGUGGCCUAUUACCACAGUACACCAUUAUUAAAGAAUUUCUUGAUGCUGAGCUAUUUCUGCAUAAGAUAAAAUCUUUAAUCACGGUGAACUUUCCCGCAUUUGGAGUAUAACAAUGCUAAAUUCAACUCCCUACAUUCUAAUUGGGGUUAUUACAUUUAUAUUCAUGAAAAAGAUUAGAUUGCAAUCUUAUAUUUUUAUAGUCUUCUUUCUUAGCUUCAGAAGGGGAAUUUCUGGACUGCUUUAGGUAUAAAUUAGUAGUAGUGUAGGAGCUGUCUAUUCCUUGAUGUCUUGGAGGAACCCCCUCAUAGCACUGUUUAUAAGAUAAAAGAGAAUUCUCUGAAAAUUUUUGAAAACUUCUAUGGUUUUGUCCUAUACAGGCAGCCAUACUUCUUGAAUAGCAACUUUAAAAUUAUAUUUUUAAAAGAAAAUCAUGCAUUUUCAUAGAAUUAAAAAUAUGUUAGAUUUCUGCAUAUAUUUAUCUUAUAAUUAAAAGUAUUUUUCUCUGUAUCUGUGGCUGUAGUGUUUUUCUUAUUUCCUAACAUUUUAGUCUUCACCUGUAUUUUUUCUUUUAUUAGACUUGCCAGUCUUUUUAAGGAACCAACAUUUAAAUAUUUUAUAAUUCUAGUUUUUGUGUUUAUAUCAAUAUAAUUAUUUAUCUCUAAUUUCUUUCUUAUUUUCAUAAGAAAGUUUAGUUGUUUUGUGAAUGUUUCUUUGUAACUGAUGACUUAGCUGAUUUUUAAUUUCUUAUUUAAUAAUAGGACAUAAGACUAUAAACUUACCUCUGGGCACAGCUUUAUUAUAUAGCUUCUUACUGUUAUAGUAACUGUCUCUAUUUCAUUUUUAACUGGUGUAAUUUACAAUAGUGUUCUGAGUUUUUUCCCUGUUAAUUCUGCUUUCCUUAAUAAAACUAAGUUUAUUAGUA